AGGCCGCCGUGGCCGCUCUCAGGUUCCUCUCUAACAGCGACAACAGCUCGUACCGUACAAAGAUGUCGUUUGCAUGUAAAGACGCUCCGCCUUUGUGGCAUAAUGGGCCGACUCCGGGUGAACUAUAUCAUUUUCCAGGCAGUCAGUACGGAACCGGAGGAUUUCAAAAAUCACAAUCUCCUAUAACUACUGGCACAUCUGUCAUUGGCAUACAGUUUAAAGACGGAGUUGUUAUAGCAGCAGACAUUCUAGGAUCUUAUGGAUCACUUGCCCGUUAUAGGAAUCUGGAGCGUCUUAUGAAAGUUAAUGAUAAUAUAAUUCUUGGUGCGUCUGGGGAUUAUGCAGAUUUUCAGUGCAUUAAAAGCUAUGUGGAAAAAAAAAUUCUAGAGGAACAGUGCUUGGAUGAUGGAUUUAGUUUGAAACCAAAAGCACUGCACUGCUGGCUGACUCGUGUCAUGUAUAACAGACGAUCAAAUUUUGAUCCAUUUUGGAACAAUUUUGUCAUUGCUGGUUUGGAGAAUGGAAAACCAUUUUUGGGAACUGUAGAUAAGCUUGGGACAGCUUAUAAUGAUCCUGUUAUUGCGACUGGAUAUGGUGCCUAUAUGGCGGCACCUAUAUUGAGAAAAGCUUACGAGGAAAAUAGCCAAAUGAAUAAAGAGGAAGCUAUUCAACUGCUGUAUAAAGUAAUGCAAGUUCUUUUUUACAGAGACGCAAGAUCUUUCCCAAAGUAUCAUCUUGGCAUUAUCACGAAAGAAAAAGGGGUCGAAAUACAAGGGCCGCUAACUUUGGACAGCUAUUGGGGACCUGCAAUUCUAUAAAAUUUUUGUUUUCUUAUUUCAAACAAACUUAAUAAAAAAAUCUACAGUAAAGAUCCUUUUUUUUUUAAUUGAAUAAAUUGAAAGAAGUUUUCAAUUAUAUAUCUAUUUGCAUUACAUAUACAAAAUAAGAAAAUAUUGAUUCUGGUAACCAUAUUAAUAAUCUUCAUUCUAAUAGACAUAAAUUUUAUCUUUCAUUUUUACAUAUAAAAACACAAGAUAGUACUUGCAAGACUAAAACGUAUAUGUGCAAAUUAAUUUAUGUAUGCUAAAAAUAAUAUGUAUUUCAUAGGUACUUUUUAUAUAAAAUAGCAAUAAUAUCGAUUGUACACUAAAGUGUUAGCACUUCGCAUCCAGUAUCUGUUAUUAAAAUUGUAUGUUCAACU